UCCAAUCUAAUAGUAAAAUGGUCGGUAAGAUUGCAUCAGCCGCGCCGGGCGUGCUGCGAGGGCGCCUGAACAACUACAGAAGGCAUCCAAAAAGUAAAAGCACCGAAGAGGACUGCGAGAGCGAAGCCCUGAAGUCAGAGCCAGAUGGGGACGAACCAAAGGAGGGUGGAGCCUUGGAGGCCAAGAUGUCCCUGCUCAACGGGAUCACCGUCAUCGUGGGCUCCAUCAUUGGGAGUGGGAUCUUCGUGUCCCCAACUGGAGUGCUCAAGAACACUGGCUCUGUUAACGCCAGUUUGCUCGUGUGGAUAGCUUCGGGGGUUUUUAGUAUGGUAGGCGCCUACUGCUAUGCGGAACUGGGCACCAUGAUCCGACAGAGUGGAGCCGACUACGCAUACAUCAUGGAGACCUUCGGGCCCUUUGCUGCCUUCAUCCGGCUCUGGAUUGAGUGCAUGAUCGUGCGGCCUUGCUCUCAGGCCAUCGUAGCGCUGACAUUCAGCGUGUACGUGCUGAAGCCGAUAUUCCCGGAGUGCGACCCUCCGGAGGACGCCACCCGACUGCUGGCCGCUUGCUGUAUAUUAUUGCUGACAUUUGUCAACUGCUGGUCGGUGCGCGCGGCGACGAGGGUGCAGGACUGGUUCACGUACGCCAAACUGCUGGCUCUCUUCGUCAUCAUCGCGGCGGGAAUCUACCAGCUGUGCAGAGGAAAGGUGGAACACUUUUCAUUUGAAGGCACGACCAGUGACGUCACGGCUAUAGCCCUCUCGUUCUACUCUGGACUCUUCGCUUACAACGGAUGGAACUACUUGAACUUCAUCAUCGAGGAGCUGAAGGACCCGGUCCGAAACCUGCCCCGCGCUAUUGCCAUUUCGUGCACGCUCGUCACCGUGGUCUACACGUUUACCAACAUCGCCUUCUACACCACCUUGUCGCCCACUGAGGUCCUCGGCUCGGCAGCAGUAGCUGUAACGUUCGCCGAGCGUCUGUUCGGCUGGUUCGCGCUCGUUAUCCCGCUGUUCGUGGCCGCUUCCACCUUCGGGGCUGUCAAUGGAGUGCUGCUUACUUCGUCGAGGUUGUUCUACGCGGGAGCGGCCCAAGGCCAGAUGCCAGAGAUGUUGACGAUGGUGACGCCGCGCUCGACGCCCGCGCCCGCGGUGUUAGCUGUGGCGCUGCUCUCGCUGCUGUAUCUGACCGUGUCUGACAUCUACGCGCUUAUUAACUACGUGGGAUUCGCCACUUGGCUAAGUAUUGGCGCUUCCGUGCUCUGUCUUCCAGUACUAAGGUACACGAAGCCGGACUGGGAGCGGCCCAUCAGGGUCAACCUGUUCUUCCCAGUCCUCUACAUAAUCUGCACGAUUCUUGUGGUGGCGGUGCCGGCGGUGGCGUCGCCAGCGGAGACCGGCAUCGGCUGCCUCAUGAUCCUGACCGCCGUGCCGAUAUACCUGCUGUUCCUGCACCCUAGGACACGGCUUAGGGGACUUGCUAGUAUUACCACUUGCGCCACACAUCUGAUUCAAAAACUAACAUUAGCCAUCCGACCAAAAAUGAAGUGAACGCAUUUCCUGUAAAGGAUCGUCUGAACAUAUCCGACCACGAACGCAUCUGGACUAGUGCUGUAACAAGAUACCAGUUACCAUUAACUAGUUAUUUUUAUGAUUUUGAGCUGCGGCCACAGAAAAUAACUAUACAAGAAUGGCAAUUAUUAAUAAUAAUAAGUUUUGCGAUAUUACGUCAUAUUCUAUGUUUUUUAAUAGUAUUAAGGUAUCUUAAUUUACUGUACUUCCACAACAAUUAAAGAACGAAACCUUAAACAGUAAAUUUAGAAGCCAUUUUUCGGAGGAAUAUUGACUUUACACAAUAUUUAGCGAGAAAAACUUAAAAAAUUAAAGUACUAAGUACGCUUGUAAGAAAUAAAGUACCGACUUACUUAUUAACAGCGCAACAGCGCAUUGACUAAUUACUUACCUGCUAGCACGAGUCUAAUUAAAAUAAUUUACAGAAUCUUGACGACGUGAUAUUAUCAUUCUAGCUUGC